AUGAGCAAGAGUCAAGAACAAGAAUCAAACCUCGAGAGUUCAAAAAACCCCGAAGAGCUUAAUGCACCCCAACAAUCGCGAUGCAGAAGAUUUAGUUGAUGGUAUUGGGGAUCAAAUACUGAAGAGUAUAUAAAUCCUGAUGAACGAGCUACAAUCGGUUUCACGCUUCUGAUGACAUUUAGAACUAUUUUAACAACUCUUUUAAUUAUCAAUACAAUCUACAGGUUUAUCUGGACUGGCCAUGAUGGAGUAAAUACUUUCUUUAGAUAUCAGUUAUAUUUCACAACUUGGAGUUUAUAUGUGACUCUUUAUACUGAGAUAUGGAUAAUUUCAACUUCUUUGUACAACCACAAAAAGGGCGUAGACUUUGAGAAUAAGAAACAGCUAAGGAUACUGAUGCAUAACCAUAUCUUCAUGAUCCUUACCCUUGCCAUGGAGAGUGUAACCACUCUAAUGUACUGGACUGCUAUCUAUGAGUAUGGCAAGGAUAUUUCCCCAAAAGAGUGCUCAAGAAUUCUAGACCAUAGUUUACCUCUAGUAGUCAUCCUCUUUGAAUUUUUUAGUAACGGAUGGGUACUAUAUCAGAGACAGACAGUGACAAUACUAAUUCUUCUCGUUUAUUUCCCUGUGAAUAUCCUUUAUACUGUAUUUGGGCCAAGACCUCUGUAUUCUAGACUCCCUUGGAAUAAUAUUGAAUCUUUCAUAUUUGUGGUUGCUGUGUUUGGAAUCGCUUUUGGAGGUCAUGCUUUAUACUCUCUGUUUUCAAAAUGGAGGUUCAAUAGAGCUAAGAAGAGACAGCAAAAGUAGAUGUUCUUAUAAUAAAUUUCUUCAUAAUAUCUUUGAUAAUAUCUA